AUGUCUUCCAACGAUUACUACAACGAUAAUGGCUACCAAGGCGGCCGCCAGCAGUAUGGUGGUGGUGGUGGUGGUGGUGGUGGUGGUGGUGGUGGUCAGCAGCAGUACGGAGGCGGCCAGCAACAAUAUGGAGGCGGCCAGCAACAAUACGGCGGUGGCCAGCAAGGAUACGGCGGUGAUCAGCAAGGAUAUGGAGGCGGACAGCAGCAACCUUAUGGCGGCCAGCAGAAUUUCCAGGGAGGCCAGCAACCGUACGGAGGCGGCCAACCCUCAUACGGCGGCCAAAGCCAAGGCUACAACAACAACAACAACAACUAUGACGACGAGUUCAGCAGCGCCGCCUCCCACGCCGAACAAGACUCCGGCCAAGACCGCUCCUUCUUCAGCUCCGCCCUCUCCUUCCUGAACGACCGCAAGUCCCAGCUCUCCGACCCGUCCCGCAUCGAAGUCGACGAGAACCACGCCGUCCAGGCCCACAACGCCAUGUACAACGACAACAACGACAGCGGACGCCGUCACGACUCGUCGACCGUGGGCGCGGGCGCCGCGAUGCAGGCGUUGAAGAUGUUCACUUCGGGUGGGAACAAUGACGGCGGUAUGGAUAAGAACAAGUUGAUUGGGAUGGCGAUGGCUCAGGCCGGUCAGUUGUGGGAUCAGAAGUCGGAUAGUGGGGCGCAGAUGGAGGGCGACAAGCAAUCUGCCAUUAACAGUGCCGCAGAGAUGGCUCUGAAGAUGUACAUGAAGAGUCAGGGUGGUGGUCUCGGCGGCACCGGUGGCCCCAGUGGAUUGUUGAGCCUGGCCAGCAAGUUCUUGUAA